AGAUCGCGCCCAUUCAUUCAUUAGUACACCGGCGUUCAUCUCAGUCCAGCGUGGCUGGAGUCUCUUUUAGUCAAAAGUUACCAAAGUACGAAGCUAUUUUCUAUUGUCUAGUGAAACGAACAUUUACGAAGAAGUUUAAAACGCUUUGAAGUCGUUGUCGUAAGGAUGAGUGUGCAGACCGAAGUUGUCUAUGUGGCAUACUGUUUAGUUUAUAUCUUCACUACAGUUCACCCUGGGAUAUCUAGUCCCACUAGCUCAACCCCAUAUCAAUGCGGAUCAGAACAGUUUACCUGUACAAAUGAACAAUGCAUUCCUGCGCACUGGCGAUGUGACAGAGAUAAUGAUUGUGGGGACCAUUCAGAUGAGGAUGGUUGUCCUCCCCAGACAUGCCAAGCAAAUGAAUUCCGCUGCAACAAUGGACGAUGCAUCCCACAAUCGUGGUAUUGUGAUCAAGCAGAUGACUGUAAAGAUAAUUCUGAUGAGUUAAAUUGUGCACAAAAUGUAAGCUGUAGUGGCCAAGAUUUCAAAUGCAAUAAUGGUAUAUGCAUAAGAAGCAGCUGGAAGUGCGAUAGACAUGAUGACUGUGGUGAUAAUUCUGAUGAGGAGGCAUGUGAUGGCUCAGGACGGGCACAAGGAAGUUGUGCAAGUGGUGCAUUUUCAUGCAGCAACGGCCAAUGUUUGCCUUGGUCAUAUGUUUGUGAUGGUGAUGAUGAUUGUGGCGAUGGCUCUGAUGAAGAACCUCACCACUGUGAUGCUAAAACCUGCAGUGCAAACCAGUUUACUUGUCAAAAUCAGCAAUGUAUUCCCCUACGUUGGAAAUGUGAUGGUGAUUCUGAUUGCAGUGAUGCCUCAGAUGAAAAUGGAUGUCGCAGGGUACCAGUUUGUUCACAAAACAGGUUUCGCUGCAGUGAUGGAACCUGCAUCCGUGGUCACUGGAAGUGUGAUGGCGAAAAUGAUUGUCAUGAUGGAUCAGAUGAGAUUGGAUGUUCUUCUUCUGUUAACUGUACUGGUGAUCAGUUUUUGUGCAAUGAUGGAAGUAAAUGCAUUCCAAAUACUAAAAAGUGUGAUGGAGUAUUGAACUGUGAGGAUGGGUCAGAUGAAAGUACUAGUUUCUGUGUGGUUAACUGUACUGCUGAUCAAUUCAAGUGUGGAAGCACAUCAAAGUGUGUUGAAAAAUCCAAAGUCUGUGAUCGAAAUAAAGAUUGUCCUGAUGGGGAGGAUGAGCAGCAAAACUGCGAUAUCAAUGAGUGUAUGGAUCACAAUGGCCACUGUCAACAAAUAUGUAAUGAUCUGAGGAUUGGCUUUGAAUGCUCCUGUCAUUCAGGCUAUGUACUUGCUGAAAACAAGAAAAAUUGUGAUGAUAUUGAUGAAUGUAAAGUGUACGGAAUGUGUAGUCAAGAUUGUCAAAACACCAAGGGAAGCUACAAGUGUUUAUGUAAAGCAGGUUAUCAAUUGGAGCCUGAUAAGAAAACGUGUAAAGCGAAAGAUAAUACACCAUACCUGCUCUAUUCCACACAAUUUGGAAUUCACAAGAUGGCUCUGGAUAGGACCUCCAAUGCAUUCAGUAUAGUUGUGAAAAAUCAGAAAGGCAUUGUUGCUAUUGACUAUGACUACUAUGACAACUAUGUGUACUGGACAGAUGUCAGAGAUGAGAGGAUUUGUCGUGCUCAAAUUCCCACCCAUGGAGGAGAUGCAGCUGAUUGUGAGGUUUUGAUACAAAACAGUACUAACACUCCAGAUGGAAUUGCUAUUGACUGGGUUGGCAAAAAAAUGUACUGGACAGAUGGGCACUUCAACAGAAUUGAGGUGGCAGAACUUGAUGGUUCUCACAGACUGACACUUUUUGACUCUGAACUAGAUGAGCCAAGAGCCAUUGUUGUGGACCCUCUCUUAAGAUAUCUAUACUGGACUGACUGGGGAGACAACCCAAAGAUUGAAAAGGCUGCUAUGGAUGGAGACCCAAAUACAAGACAAGUCAUUGUCUCUGAAGGGUUAGCUUGGCCAAAUGGACUUGCAAUUGAUUACUCCCUGAAAAGAAUCUACUGGGCUGAUGCAAGACUGAAGAAGAUAGAAUCUUGUAGGUAUGAUGGCUCCGACCGUCGUCUCAUUGCUAGCAUUGUGCCGCAUCAUCCAUUUGGGCUGGGUGUGUUUGAGAACCAGUUGUACUAUACAGAUUGGUACAAGAAUGACAAGGGAAUUAAAAAGCUAAACAAAUUCAGUGGGUCUAAUCAAAAGAUCAAGGAUACGCUGUGGUCUCAUAUGGAUAUCAAAGUGUUUCAUCCUCUCCGUCAGCCUAAUGAUACUAAUCCCUGUAAGGUUGAUAAUGGAGGAUGCAGUCACCUCUGCCUGUUGGCAGCUGUUCACGCCAAAAGUCGUACAUGCCGAUGUCCUGAUGGAAUGAAUAUUUCUGCUAAUGGCACAACAUGCACUGGAAAGGAAGCCCCGUGGCAGCCAGCCCCUACAACUGCCUCUUCUACACAUGAACCAACAACAGCCACCACCCAAGGUACUAAAACCACACAGAAAGCAACUUCAGCUAGUACCAAAUCACAAUUGCCUGCAACCACAAAGAAAAUGGUAAAACCAUCAACAAGAUCUAAUAAUGUUGUGUUAAAACCCUCCAAGUCCCCUUCUAUAAAUGCUACAGAUACAUCCAAUGCCCCAACUUCGUCUACUACAAAGAUUCCUGUAAUUACCACAAAGGGAUCAGUUGUGGCUUUUCAGAGGAAAGGCGAUACAGCAGAAGCUCUCUCUGGUGGUGUCAUAGCUGGCAUAGCUGGCAUUGUAAUUUGCUUGGUAAUCAUCCUUGUCGUUUUGGCCAUCUGGUAUGCGAGGAGCCGCUCUAAUAACUACCGUGGAAAAAGUAUCAGCUACUACAAAGACAUGUCUUCCAAACCUCUGGAAGAAGAUUUUGAUGACGAUGAUGAGAGAUGUAAAGUGUUUGAUGACAGGGGAUCGCGUGAAAGGGUUGAAUUUGCCUGAAGUUUGUAGAAUUUACUGUUAUGUUGCACUACUAAGUAUUUUUUGAGUGCUAAGUUAGAUUGAGUGAGAUCCUUUUUGAACUCAAGGUUCUCAUUUAAUGUUUACUUCUUUUUGGUGUGUAUGCGAGCCUUUGUGUCUUUUAGAACCUUGCCUUUGUGGCAAGACUGAUCUAUUUAAGUGGGUUUGUUGUGCAGCGCACACAGUACGCUAAAAAAGGAAGGCCCAUGUGUGAUAUCCUUUCCAAUAAUUUAAGCCAUUAAUCAUCCCCUUAAAGAACUUAUUUUGAUAAUAGAUGUUUAGUAUGCUACUUUUAAUCGUAACUGCCAUAUUUUCCAAAUAGAUUGUUGUAUAUUUUAAGAUAAACAACUGAAAAUUUGUAAACAAUUAUGAAGUAUUUCUUUCAUCAUCAAAAUAUAGUGGUGAAGAGGUAGGUUGAGAAACACGAGUAUUUAUUUAAAUACAUUUUGGUCAUCAUGUUAACUGUGAUGAUCAUUUUUAUAUUAA